AAGCUAAAAAAAAAAAAAAAAAAAAACGCAACAGACAAAAAUCAAAUCCAUCGUCACUCUUCUCCUUCCUCAAUCUCAUUCCAAUUCACAGACCACACCAGAAAAGCAAACCUAGCCAGAGCCAUACACACCAAAACAGAGCAAUCAGAAAAUCUGUCAUCACUCCAAACCUGUGCGGAAGAGAAAUCAGGUGAUUUUGAUUGUGAGCUCUGUCUGGAAUUUGAAGAGUGGUUGAACCGCAGAAGAAAUGGCCUUGUUGCGCAAAUUGUUCUAUCGCAAACCGCCGGAUGGACUGUUCGAGAUCUGUGAGCGAGUAUACGUUUUUGAUUGCUGCUUCACUACCGAUGCUUGGAAGGAGGAAAACUAUAAGGUUUACAUAGCUGGGGCAGUUGGUCAACUACAAGAGCACUUACCUGAUGCUUCAUUCUUGGUCUUCAAUUUUCAUGAUGGUAUGGCACAGAGCCAGAUGGCCGGCAUCUUGUCUGAGUAUGAUAUGACCAUAAUGGAUUACCCUCGGCACUUUGAAGGUUGUCCUGUCCUGACGAUGGAGUUGAUCCAUCACUUUCUUAGAUCAAGUGAAAGCUGGUUAGGACUUGGGCACAACAACGUGCUUUUGAUGCAUUGUGAGCGUGGAGGUUGGCCUGUUUUGGCCUUCAUGCUGGCUGCACUCUUGAUUUACAGGAAGCAUUAUACUGGUGAGCAUAGGACGUUGGACAUGGUUUACAGGCAGGCUCCCCUUGAGCUUUUGCAUUUGCUAUCAGCCUUAAAUCCAAUUCCUUCUCAACUUAGGUAUCUACAGUACGUAUCGAGGAGGAAUGUAGCCUUAGAAUGGCCUCCUCUGGAUCGAGCACUUACCUUGGACUGCGUCAUUUUUAGAUUUAUUCCUAAUUUUGAUGGGCAAGGAGGUUGCCGUCCUAUAUUUCGCAUAUAUGGGCAAGACCCUUUUCUUGUUACUGAUCGAACUGCCAAAGUCUUAUACUCGACUCCAAAACGAAGCAAAACCAUCCGGCCUUACAAGCAGGCAGAAUGUGAACUGGUUAAAAUUGACAUUAAUUGCCAUAUUCAAGGUGAUGUUGUGCUUGAAUGCAUUAGCUUGCAUAAUGAUAUGGAACGUGAACAGAUGAUGUUCCGCGUCAUGUUCAAUACAGCUUUUAUUAGGUCUAACAUUUUGAUGCUCAACCGUGAUGAAAUAGACAUGUUGUGGGAUGUAAAGGAACAAUUUCCAAAGGACUUUAGAGUAGAGAUCCUUUUCUCAGAGAUGGAUGCUGUCUCAUCUAUUAUUCUUGGUGGUAUGUCAUGCUUUGAGGAUAAGGAGGGACUUCCGAUGGAAGCAUUUGAUCAAGUUCAAGAGAUCUUUAGUUAUGUUGAUUGGUUAGAUCCCAAAACAGAUGCUGCAUUGAAUGUUCUUCAACAGUUGGGUGCAUCGAAUAUCACCCAUGAAAAGUUGGAUACUGAUUCUUCCCAGGAAUCAAUUCCUAAACAGAUGCCAAAUAUAAAGACAUCCUUGAAUUUGGAAAACGAUUCUAAGAUUCUAGCCUCCUCGGAGGUGCAGUCAGUGGCCUCACCAGAUACAAGUGUCAGUAAACAGGAAGCUAAACCUCAAGACGUUCAGCGACCCAAUCAAUGUGAUUCAGUGAGCCAGCACAUGCCACAACCUCCUCAGUCAGAGCCAAUGAAGGCAUUUGCUCAAGUUCAGGAGAUCAUUAGCCAAGUUCCCUCAACUACACAAUCUCCAGAUAGCACUGUGACUAAACCUGAAGCCAAACAAGACAUUCAUACUGCACAGCAGCCACCUAACCAAUCUGAUUCAGUGUCCCAGCAGAGGCCCCAACCUCCUAUGUUAACGCCAAUGGAAGCAUUCAUUCAAGUUCAAGAUAUCUUCAGCCGUGUAGCCUCACCUAAAAAAUCUCAAGAUACCACUGUGAAUAAACAGGAAGCUAUACCUCAAGAUACUUAUACUGCAUCUCAGCCACAUAUUCCCCAACCUUCUAAGUCAAUCCCAGUUUCCUCUGGAGCCCAAAGUGUUUCAGUUGCACCACCAACACCUCCACCAGCUUCUCCAUUGCAACCUACUUCUGCUAUGACAACUCCUCCUCCUCCUCCAUCACCUCCACUUCAACCUCAACAUGCAUCACUUCCAAAGCCCAAAGAUGCACUUUCCAAAGAUACUGAAACCCAACCAUCUAGCCCUGGGAGGAUACCCCCCUCCUCUUCUCCAGUUUCUAAAGUUACUUCAUCAUCUCAGCCUCCUCCACCUCCUCCUCCUCCUUCAACUCCUCCUCUGAAAGAGAACCUUGCUGCUAGUUCUAGACCUCCCCCACCUCCACCACCUCCUCUUCACUCAGGGAAAGCUGGAAGCACUGCAAAUGCAUCUCCAGUUCCAGUGCCACCAGCACCACCUAGUGCACCCCCUCCUCCUCCUCCUCCACUCUCAGGGAAAUCUGGAGGUACCCCUGUUUCUUCUCCUAGUGCUCCCCCUCCUCCUCCGGCACCCUUUGCUAAAGGAGGUUCCAAGCCUGGAACUCCUCCACCACCACCAGUUGGUUCCGCCAGUAAUGCAAAAGGCCGUCUAUCACGUACCAUAAAUUCUAAGGAUAAUCAAAAGAAACUGAAGCCAUUACACUGGUUGAAACUAUCAAGAGCAGUUCAGGGAAGUUUAUGGGCUGAGGCCGAAAAAUCCAGUGAAGACACGAAGGCUCCAGAGAUUGACAUGUCAGAGCUUGAGAAUCUUUUCGCUGCGGCAGUUCCAACUUCGGAUCAGGGCAAGAAAGGAACUACACCAGGUCCAGUUGCCCCUAAAUCUGACAAAGUGCAAUUGAUUGACCACAGACGGGCGUACAAUUGUGAAAUCAUGCUUUCAAAGGUGAAGGUUCCCUUGCAUGAGUUAACGAAUUCGGUGCUUGCCCUGGAAAAUACAGCAUUAGAUCCUGACCAGGUUGAGAACUUAAUAAAGUUUUGUCCAACUAAAGAGGAGAUGGAGCUACUUAAGGGAUAUAAGGGAGAGAAGGAGAAGUUAGGAAAAUGUGAACAGUUCUUGUUAGAGUUAAUGAAAGUACCUCGAGUGGAAUCUAAGCUGAGAGUUUUUUCGUUCAAAAUACAAUUCUCUUCCCAGGUUUCUGACCUUAGGAAAAGCCUGAAUGUUGUAAACUCUGCAGCAGAAGAGAUCAGAAAUUCAGGCAAAUUGAAAAGAGUUAUGCAGACAAUUCUUUCCUUAGGAAAUGCUUUGAACCAGGGGACAGCUCGGGGCGCGGCUAUCGGAUUUAGAUUGGAUAGUCUUCUUAAACUUAUUGACACUCGUGCAAGGAACAACAAGAUGACUCUCAUGCAUUAUCUUUGUAAGGUUCUUGCUGACCAACUACCAGAGGUUCUAGAUUUCUCAAAGGACCUAUCCAGCUUAGAGCCUGCAUCAAAGAUACAAUUGAAAUUUUUGGCAGAGGAAAUGCAAGCAGUAAGUAAAGGACUGGAGAAAGUUGUACAGGAAUUAUCUACUUCUGAAAAUGACGGUCCUAUAUCAAAAAAUUUCCGUAAGACCCUAAAGGAGUUCCUCCGUUCUGCUGAAGCCGAGGUGAGAUCUUUGGCUUUACUAUAUUCUAGCGUGGGUAGAAAUGUGGAUGCAUUGAUUCUUUAUUUUGGAGAAGAUCCUGCAAAAUGCCCGUUUGAACAAGUUAUUUCAACCUUACUCAACUUUGUCAGAAUGUUCAUCAAGUCCCAUGACGAAAAUUGCAAGCAAAGUGAGCUUGAAAUGAAAAAAGCAGCAGAAAGUGAGAAGGUCAAGAUGGGUGCUUCCAAUCAGUCAGAACGGGUGUUACGUACUCCAAUCCAUAAUAGCAAUGUCAAAUGAAAAUGGUCCAGUUCCGAAAUGUGAAGUGUUCCUUGUCUUGGCUACAAAUUAGAGCAGAAAUUUCUUUUUCUCUUUCCUUUUUGUUUUCAUUUACAUCUCUAACUGGGAAAAGACUGUAAUUAUUGAUUUUGGGAAUAGUGUAAAUUAGCUAGGUUGUAUUUGUAUCCAAGCUGUAGGUAAAGGGUUAUGAAGUGACAGAAUAAGAGCUUCGAGGCCUAAUUUUGUCCUCCGAGAGAUAAGCCAGAUCCAGUUUCCACCGUGACAAUCCCUCAGGAUUCAGUAGGCGACUUCUUGAAUAGGCACCACACCAAUUUCUUUUAUUGCUGUAAGUAGAAUGAAGGGAAUUUUGUAAUAUCCCUGCAGCCUUUUUGGAAUUUUGUCCGAGUUAAUUCCAAUUUUUAAAGCUUGUUAUUUGAGUUUUAUUUUAGCCAAA